AUGAAAGUGGAUUAUGCAACCUACAUGCUGACUGGUGAAGCCGAGUAUUGGUGGCGUGGGGCUAGGGAUAUGAUGGAGGCCGACCAUCAAGCCAUCACCUGGGAAUGUUUCCGUGGAGCUUUCCUGGACAAGUACUUUCCUGCAAGUGCUAGAGCUGCUAAGGAAGCACAGUUUCUGAGGCUCCGUCAAGGAGGCAUGACCGUGGUGGAAUAUGCUUCUAAGUUGGAGUCGUUGGCGAAACAUUUCCGCUACUUUCGUGGACAAGUGGAUGAAGGCUAUAUGUGCGAGCGCUUCAUUGAUGGGCUGAGUUAUGAGUUGCAGAGGGCGACCAAGGGGAUUGAGGCUAUUGAUAACGCAAGGGGCAGACACCAAGGUCUGAACAGGUCUCACCAAGGAGGUGGAGGUCCGACUAGGGCUAACCAAGGAAGGAAUGACAGAGGCAAGAAUUUUCAGAAGAAGCCGUACGUUCGUCUUCAGGGUAGGGGGACAGCUACUGGGUCCUUUUAUCCUACUGGGGGAAAUGCAAUUGCACUAAGAACCCCAUCUGUGAAUCGGGAGGAUGUGACUUGCUUCAGGUGCAACAAAAAGGGGCACUAUGCCAACCACUGUUCUGAGCGUCUUGGGGCGUGUUGGAAUUGCAACAAGCCAGGUCACACUGCUGCAGAGUGCAGGGCUCCUAAGGUUGAGGCUGUUGUGAGUGCUGCUGGGGCAAGGAGGCCUACUGCUGGUGGAAGAGUCUAUUCAAUUAUUGGAACUGAAAUUGAGGAAGACGAUGGUCUGAUCCGCAGUACCUGCGAAAUUGCAGGUAAUUCUCUUAUCGUGCUAUUUGAUUAUGGUGCUACACAUUCUUUUAUAGACUUAGCUUGUGCGACAAGGUUAGAGCUAGAUGUGUCAAAGUUACCGUUUGACCUGAUAGUAUCUAUCCCUACUUCUAAGAGUCGAGUAGCCAACGCUGCAUGUUUGGAGUGUCCUUGGACAUACCUAGGUAAGAAGUUUGUAGCAAACUUGAUAUGUUUACCUCUAGAGGGAUUGGAUGUAAUCAUGGAUUGGUUGUUCCACCACCAUGUUCUUCUUGAUUGCACCAAUAAGUUUAGGGGUGCUGUUGUUUUCUCGAAGAUUGACUUGAGAUCGGGAUACCACCAGAUUAGAGUCAAGGACGAGGAUAUCCAAAAGACCGCUUUUAGGACGCGUUAUGGACACUACGAGUACUCUGUGAUGCUUCUUGGAGUCACGAUUGCACCUGCUGUAUUCAUGGAUUACAUGAAUAAGAUAUUCUACUCAUUUUUGGAUCGUUUCGUGGUGGUGUUCAUCGACGACAUUCUAAUAUACUCGAAGGAUCAUAGAACGUAG